GUGUGCCCCGGUCACACUCUGCGCUGCAGAUUUUCAGCCAAUUCCGGCUCCCCUCUCGCCCAUUCUCACUCACUCUUUUGUUCUCCAGGCAUUCAUUACGAUGCUACAACCUUGUAGCCAAUUAAUGCUCUCCCUCGCUACUUGUAGCUUCAGUGUCCGCAAUUUCGGGCGGCAAUUCUUAAGGUUAUGCAGUUUGUGAGACUGUUCUUGUUUGCUCGCGUCGUGCUGUGUUUCUCGGUAGGUGAUUUUCGUGAAGAGGCUGAGGGGUUGCGGAGUAUGGGGCAAGAGAAGAGAUAUUGGUGCGGGUUUAUCGCGUGAGAGAGGGGAUUAGAGGAGAGGCGUCGGUGUUUUAAUCAGGAAGUAGAAGAGCAGUGAUACAGGAGGAGAGGGAGAGGAAGUGAGAGAGGAGGCGACAUGAAGGGGAUUUUGAGCCGGGCGAGAAGCAGUCCUCGAGGGGGCGGGGAUGCGUUGGUGAAAGAGAAGGAACCCUUCAAUGUGGGGCCGUACAGGUCGAAGAGUGCGAGCCCUGGGCGAAAGCCUCGUAACAAUAGCGAGAACGUUCCUCCAGAUAGCAACGCCCAUGCAGCUGAGGGGAUGUCGCCGGUCCAAUGCAAGGCUGGGAUGUCGAAGGCGUCGAAAAGCUCUAAGGAAAUGUUUGCUUGCAACAACAACAGCCCAGCUCUUCCACCAAAACCUCCCAGGCCUUCCCCUGCUCGAAACGGUUGUGGUCCCACCCAAUUUAACGAUAAGAGCCACGGCCAUGAUCAGGGUGGCAAUAUCAAACGAAAAAUUAAUUGGGACAUGCACACAGACAACGCCACCGCGGCCUCCGAAACAUCCUCAGCUGACACGGGUGUCAAGGUAAUUGUUAGAGUGAGGCCUUUGAACAAGAAGGAAGAGGCAGAGGAGGCUGAGCAAGUCGUGCACCGAUUAUCGGCCACUGGUGUUUCGCUGGCCGAUCAGCUGUUCACAUAUGAUGCAGUGGCUGGAGAGGAUGCGUCGCAAGAAGCUGUCUUCCAUAUGGUGGGUCUACCUAUGGUGGAGAAUUGUCUCGCAGGCUUUAACAGCUCUAUCUUUGCGUAUGGGCAGACGGGCAGUGGAAAAACACACACUAUGUGGGGCGUGAUGUCAGAAUCAGAAGACUUCCCUUCGGAAGGCCGAGGCCUUACUCCUCGAGUUUUUGAGAAACUAUUCGCUCGUAUUGAUGAAGAAGAGAGGAUAAAUGCCGACAAACAGCUUGUGUAUCAGUGUCGAUGCUCCUUCUUGGAGAUCUACAAUGAACAGAUAACUGAUCUGUUGGAACCUUCUUUGAAGAAUCUCAUGAUUAGAGAAGACACAAAAUCAGGUGUUUAUGUCGAUAAUCUCAGUGAAGAAUUUGUCUCAUCAGUUCAAGACGUGACUCGCAUUCUUAUCAAGGGCCUGGCGAACCGGAGGGUAGGUGCAACAACAAUGAACAGUGAAAGUUCGCGAUCUCAUUCUGUCUUCACCUGCGUGAUAGAAUCUCGAUCUAAGAGUGAGGGCGAGGGCAUAAGCAGCGUUAGGAGCAGUAAAUUAAAUCUUGUAGAUUUGGCAGGGUCAGAGAGACAGAAACAGACAGGUUCUGCCGGCGAGCGACUGAAAGAGGCCGGAAACAUUAACAAGUCUCUUUCGCAGCUAGGUAAUGUGAUAAACAUUCUGGCCGAAGUUGCACAGUCUGGAAAACAUCGUCACAUACCAUACCGAGAUUCUCGUUUGACAUUUCUGUUGCAAGAGUCUCUAGGUGGGAACGCGAAACUGGCUAUGAUUUGUGCUGUAUCUCCAGCAAGCAGCUGCAAAAAUGAGACUCUGGGUACACUAAGAUUCGCUCAGAGAGCGAAGGUCAUCCGGAACAAGGCAGUUAUCAAUGAAGAGAAAGCCAACGAUGUCAAUCUUCUACGCGAGCAAAUCCGGCAGCUUAAGGAUGAGUUGACAAGGAUGAAAUCAAAUAGUGGUGCGGAAGCUGCUGAUGGGAGUGGGUAUUCCACUGGCUGGAACGCCCGCAGAAGUUACAACCUUCUGAGGCUCAGCUUGGGUCACCCAAUGAAAGCCCCACUGCUUCUGAACGAUGACAAUGAUGAUGAUGAUAUGGAACUAGACGAUGACAUGGAAACUACUUUAAACGCGAUGGCAGUUCGUCUCUCCCAAGGAACUGGCGUAUCCCAGUCCACAGACAUGGAACUUGGGUCUCCCAAAUUGCGGGAUUCUUGUAAGGUGAAGAGUUCCGGCAGUGAGGAGGGGAAUGACCAGAAUAUCAGGACCCUUGCGUUAGGCAAAGCGGUGGAGGAUACACCUAGCAUUGAAUCCCCAACCACUGGCGUUGUUAAUAACGCCAACGGCAAUCUUCUAGCGCUGGACGUUCCCGACGCACCUUCCAGUAAGUCAUCUGAUCUUAACAUGCCACUAGAAAGUAAUUCUCCAAAGGGAAUUAAGAAAGCAUCAGGAAAUGGGAUGAAGUUUGGUCUUAUUCCCCUCGCUGAGAACGAAGAUGUCGUAGAUUUUGGUGCUGAAGCUAUUCCAGAUGUCAAAACCGUUCUUCGCAACUCCAUGUCCAUGCCUUCUCCGUCACCAAGAGAUCGCCUGGCUGCGAGUCUCCAAAAAGGCCUCCAAAUUCUUGAUCUUCAUCAGAAGAGCUCUUUGCGAAGGUCUACAAAUAUCCGAUUCUCCUUUCAAAGUGACCCGAAAAGUCUCCGGGAACCAGAGAAGGAGCCAGUAGGGAUGGCCAGUAUUUGCUCCAAAUGCCAGCUGCGCUCUUCUAUGGCAGGUGUGAGAUCCUCCUUCCAAAUCCCGAAUCCGAACAAGAAACCCCUGUCUCUGGAGGCGGGAGUUCAAGUAUCUCCUCCUAAGGCGCUCUCAAAGAGCGCCGAGUUGGCUGCCUUUCUCGAGAUUGGUUGUAAGACUAUGUUGCCAGAUUCUCCUGACAGCUCUCUUGAGAUGUCAGGCGACAGUAAGUCGGAGAACAAGGUCCUUACUCCUCGUAAACCUGAGUAUGCACAGGCGAUCGAGGCUUUGCUCGCCGGCUCGAUUAGGAGGGAAAGAGAAGCUGAAGAGGUUUUGACUCAGCAAGCUUCCGAGAUAGAACAGCUCAAUCGUCUGGUACGUCAUUAUAAGCACGAAAGGGAAUGCAAUGCAGUUAUCCAGCAAAGCCGAGAAGAGAAAAUCGUUCGGUUGGAAGCCCUCAUGGCCGGUGUACUUCCUCGUGAAACCUUUCUAAGCGAAGAAUGGGCAGCGCUUCUUCAUGAACAUAAGACCUUGCAAGAGAAAUUCGAUAAGCAUCCCGAGGUUACUCAUUCCAAAAUGGAGCUUGAGAGGCUACUGGAUGAACUGGGUCGUUACAAGACCUUCUUUGACCUCGGAGAAAGAGAAGUCCUUUUGCAGGAGAAUAUGGACUUGCGAAACCACCUUCAGACUUACCUUGAGUGUGACACGCCAGGACCUGCAAAGCAACGGCGGCUCUCUUUGACUUCGAAGGCCAUCCGUGAAUCGGCAGCGGGUCUUAGCCUUCGAACUACAGUUUCUCAUUGUCCUUUGGAAUCGGGUGAUGCCCCUGAGACCGAUCAGUUGGCGAUCGAGCGUAGAUUGUGGCAGGAGAGAGAGCUCGAAUGGCUCACGCUGAUGGAGGAGAUGCAAUCUGAGUCUGAAAAAUAUAGGCUACUUGCAGAGAAGAGGAAGGUCGAACUGGAUGGCGAGAAGAGGUGUGCCAAAGAGGUACAAGAAGCUCUUCAAAUGGCAAUGGAAGGGCACGCACGGCAGUUAGAGCAGUAUGCUGAGCUUCAAGAGAAGCACAUCUCUUUGCUAGGGAAGAACCGGAAGAUACGCGAAGGCUUGGUAGACCUAAAGAAGUUAGCUAAGAAAGCUGGAGUCACUACCACGGACACAAGGUGGUUUGAGUGUCAAGCUGAGCAACUCGUAGCUAUGCGGAUAGACCAUGAGCUUGAACGCGAUGCUGCUAAAGAGGAGGCCGCGGCGUUGCAAGCGCAGCUUCAAGAUACUGUCGAAGCGGUAGCGGCUGCUGGGGAGCUGUUGGUGAGGCUUAAGGAAGCCGAGGAAGCUGUGUGCAUGGCCCAGGAUGCGGCAGCUAUGGCCGGUCAAGAAGCGAAUAGGAUUCAUAGGGAAAUGGAGAAGCUGAAGAGGAAGCAUGAGGCUGAACUAGCUGCAGUGCAACAAAGCUUGCUGGAGACUCGUAUGCAGAAGCCACAGCUGUGUCCCAUGUGCGUCAUGGCUGAGAGGGUGAAGUUUGAGUUUACGGAGGUUGAGCCUGAAACAACUGCCCGAACCGAGUCGAAGUCCAAUAUGCUAUCUUUCAGGUCAUUAUCUACUCCUGGACUUGGUCCUCGGAGUAGCUGGAACAGUGGGCCAGACGGGAGUUGUGCCAAGGAUGAUGAAGAGGAAAGCAUUGCUGGAGAACUGGAGGACAGGGGCCUUCUUCUGGAAAAUCUAGAUUUCGAUGAGUUUGUCGACGAGCCUCUCUAAACCCACUCUGUAACUAUAAUAACUCAACUUACACUUAUACGAACAAAUCUAUAGAAUACCUCGGUUUUAGAAUCAUCUCAGAUGUACGAUUGUUUAGGAUAAAAGGUUAGUAUAACAGAAUCACAAAGGGUAGCUCGUUUGCCCAAAUUACAUCUCUUUAGUAUGGCCCCUCAUCAUCUCAUGAGGUCCGUCAGUGUGUGGGGUUGUUUCUAUUCCAUCCAUCGAACCCUCCCUAGUCAGCAGCUGCAGCCCAGUUGACUGUAAUUUAACUGAUCCUUUUUCUAGAUUUUACUCUACUUUAGAUUUCAUUUUUGAAAGAAUACCGCUCACUUAACCAAUCUUUCAAAGAAACCGUUGAGUGUCAAUAGCUGCAGCACAAUAGUUUUGUAUUCUGAAUUUUCGGUAUAUAAUCUUCUGGAGCUACUAGUUUCAAUUAAUCUUUGUGGCAGACUUGAAUAUAUUUUCCUCCAAAUUUUUUGA